GUUAUGACGCGUUCAGCUGAUUCCGCUCCAAGCCGUCCAUGGGCUGUCCAAAUCCCCCACACAUUGUAAAUUACAUUUGACAUGAAAUGCUAACAUAUACCAGUUAAAAUUAAAAAGGCGAAAUCUAAUACUGAACGCAAGUGACCUUCAGUCGCAGCUAUCAAUAUGAUGCGGUUCAUGCUGCUGUUCAGCCGGCAGGGGAAGCUGCGACUCCAGAAGUGGUACACGGCCACGGCGGAGCGCGACAAGAAGAAGAUGGUGCGCGAGCUCAUGCAGGUGGUGCUCGCCAGGAAACCCAAGAUGUGCAGCUUCUUAGAGUGGCGGGACCUGAAGAUUGUGUACAAGAGGUAUGCCAGUCUGUAUUUCUGUUGUGCGGUGGAAGAGCAGGACAAUGAACUCAUUACCCUGGAGGUCAUCCACCGUUUUGUGGAGCUGCUGGAUAAGUACUUUGGCAGCGUGUGCGAGCUGGACAUCAUAUUUAACUUCGAGAAGGCCUACUUCAUCUUAGACGAGUUUCUGAUGGGAGGCGAAAUCCAGGACACUUCCAAAAAGAGUGUGCUGAAGGCCAUCGAGCAAGCAGACCUGCUACAAGAGGAGGACGAGUCCCCCAGGAGCGUGCUGGAGGAGAUGGGCCUGGCGUAAUAUCUGCCCGGCGGCGGCGGCGGCGGCGACGCAAAAGGGGGUACAAGCAGAGGACUUUGUCGUGUCGGUGCUGAACUUGAGAGGACUGAAACCCUGUCACACAAGGACAGAGAGCGAUGGGGCGGUUAGCACUGGAGUAUGUGGUGAGGAAGGGUUGGAGAAGGG